UUUUUGCUGUCCGUAUCAGCCAAGGCUCGCGAAAACUAUGGGCGGCAUGACACAGAAAUCAUGGACACCAACCAAGAGGCGAGGUCCCAUCGCCGCAGAGUACACCAGUCCAGGUCCUGCUUGUGUUACUCUACCGCCGCUGAUCGGAAAAACCGUUCCUGACUCGAAGCGAGGCAGAGCACCAGCCUUCUCUUUCGGAACCAGACACUCGGCGAAGAACGACAGUCCUGGACCAGGUCCUGGCCAAUACAACGUUUCUGGACUUUGCGCAAAAGGAAAAGAUGCGGCACCAGCGUCGUCUUUGCACGGACGUACAAGGUCCGUGAAAGAGGAACCAACGCCUGCACCGGGCGAUUAUAAUCCAGAGAAAGCAGAAAAGGUCAUUCUAGACAGUUCACCGAAAUUCUCGUUUGGCAUCAAAACGCAAACCGAAAAAAUCAGCUGCACACCCGCACCGGGCGACUAUUGCACCGAAAAGGUGACUCUCGAUAAAGCCCCUGAGUACAGUUUCGGCUUAAAACCUGUAUUGGAGAAACCGAGCGAUAUUCCUGCACCGGGAGCUUACUGCCCAGAAAAGGUAAGAUUGGACAACACGCCUCAAUUCACCUUUGGACUCAGACCUCCUCUUGAGAAGCCAAACAACACCCCAGCACCUGGCACCUACAGUCCUGAAAAAGUCAACUUGGACAAGGGUCCUCGAUACAGUCUUACGGGAAAGGGUCGCGUAGAGAAACUGGACGACACUCCUGCGCCAGGUACGUACUGCCCAGAAAACGUAAAAUUGGAUACAGCACCGCAGUUUUCAUUUGGACUGAGAACUCCCCUUGAUAAACCGAACAAUAAUCCAGCACCUGGAGAUUAUUGUCCAGAAAGAGUGAACCUAAAUAAAGGUCCAGAGUAUAGUUUGACUGGUAAGGGACCUUCGGAGAAACCAAGCGAUACCCCUGCACCGGGAACGUACAGUCCAGAAAAAGUAAAUUUUGAUAAAGGUCCUCAGUUCAGUUUGUAUGGUAAAGGAUUACCAGAAAAGCCCAAUGACAAUCCAGCACCAGGAACGUACAGUCCUGAGAAGGUAAAUUUAGAUAAAGGACCUCGAUACAGCUUAUCUGGAAAAGCUACACCAGAGAAGCCUAACAGCAAUCCAGGCCCUGCUGAUUACUAUCCAGAGAAAAUAGUAAAUUUGGAACAUAAACCUUAUUUCAGUUUCGGUAACAGAAAGCCAUUGGAUAAACCUAGGGAUACACCAGCUCCUGGCACCUAUUCCCCUGAAAAAGUCAAUUUAGAUAAAUCUCCAGAGUAUUCCUUUGGUUUAAAGGCAUUCGUUGAGAAACCUAACGAUGUACCUGCGCCUGGAAGUUAUCAUCCGGAAAAGGUAAAUCUAAACAAAUCUCCUCGGUACAGCUUUGGUAUUAAGACCGAUGUACACGAAACAAAUUUCAUACCAGGUCCAGGUGAAUACAGUCCAGAAAAAGCCAUGUUUUUAUUAGAAAAAGCAUUGAAAUUUACUUUUGGUCUCAGGACAAGUAUAGACAGACCAAACGAUAUUCCAGCCCCAAAUGUUUACAACAUUCCUUCUGCACUUGGUGGGACGAAGGCGGGUAACAAGAAAACAGCACCGGCUUAUUCCAUUUCUGGUAGACAGAAGGUCUUCGCGGAUGAUCGAGUUUUGGUUCCAGGACCUGGAACUUACGAAGCCGUGAAGCCAGAUGCAGUUAGAAUGAAGAGUCCCGCUUAUAGCAUAAGUUCUCGCUAUCAGCUGCCCGACGAUCAUUCACAGAUUCCAGGACCCGGAGCACAUUGCCCAGAAAAAGUAAUACUUGAUAUCCCUCCAGCGCAUUCAUUUGGCAUUAGACACUCGCCAUAUAUAUGCAACCUGAAGGACGUUGUUUAUUAAUAUGCAAACCUUGCGGGAGUCGAUGUUCGUAAUUAUCCUACUUUGAAAUAGAAAAUUACAUACUAUCGAUAUAACAGGAAUAAUAUUUAAUUAUGAAAUGGCAAUUUAACGCGUGCGUGGCUGAAUCUUUCCGUAAUGCUUUGCAGGACUGAUUGUGAAACCUGGUGCUUGCUAACCGAUUAAGUAUGAAAUUAAACGGAAAAAUAUGUCGUUUAACGAUGUUUGGAUUACAAUAUGUAGUAAUAACGCGAGUACAAGUACUGACAAACACCCGCGUAAUACGUGAAACGGUAACAGUAACAGUAACAGUAACAGUAACGGUAGCUUGCCUUUUUAUUGUUUAAAAAAAAUAGGCAGCGGGUAAACUAUGUAAUUUUUAUAUAAAAUUUAUAUUUCCUUGUGAAAUAUAUUUUUAUCGUUUA